UCAAAUGAAUGAUAUAUAGGUGAUGUAUCGCUGGUACCACAAGUAUAAUGUUGGUUGGUGAUGAUCAUAUUUCAUUCAUAUAUUCACAAUCGCCAUCAUCAUCAUCGUCAUUUGUCGUUGUGGUACUAGUGAUACAAGCAAUGAUUAUUUCUAAAAACGAUUGAAUCGAUCGAUUAUUUUGUCUCAAUAUUUUUAGUGAUUGAAUUAUUGUGGAAAAAAAUACGUACACAAAAUGUGGAGUAUAAUUUUUUUCAUAUUAUUAAUUUUAUAUCUGGGACUGGCUAGUGUUGGUCAUCGUUUUUUUAUCCAUCAAUUAUAUGUUAGCCGAUUAUUGAAACUUUUCGAUUAUGGCAAAAGAAAAAUUCGAAAAAUUCAACAAAACAUUCAACAGGAAAGAAAAAUUCAACGAAAAAUAAGCCGAGCCAUGUCGGUUAAUGCUAAUCUCGACCAAUUGGCAGAUUUAGCCGCAAAAGCUGCAACGAUGCCAGAUUCAGAUGAAUCCGAUGCUGAUUCAGCUUUCUGUGAAGAUUUUGAUUCAUCCGAUGUUCCUGCUGCAUUUGCUUAUAAUAAAGCAUUAUCAAUGGAGAUGGAUAAAACCAAACAUAAACUUGAUCUAAGUACGGUAAUGAGUUUAACAACAAUGGGAAUACGAGCCAUCAUUGAUGAUUCGGUCACAAAACGAUUUGCAGCUGAAGAAUUAAAGACAUGGAAUCUUCUGACAAGAACUGAUGGAAUUUAUCAUUAUAAAUCAUUGCGAUUAGCUGUUGUUUGGAUGGCUGGAUUGAUUGUUCGCUAUAUGAUACUAUUUCCUCUAAGAAUAGCCAUUGCUUUAAUCGGUAUUUGGUUUCUAGUGACUAGUACAUUUCUAGUCGGCCUCAUACCGUUCUCAUGGAUGAAACGAUUAGUUUAUCACUAUAUAUCAGUCAUGAGUUUUCGAAUCAUAUCUCGAUCAUUUUCGGCCGUCAUCACCUAUCAUGAUUCACUGAACAAAGCCAAACCUGGUGGUAUAUGUGUAGCCAAUCAUACAUCACCUAUAGAUGUAAUCCUUUUACAUUGUAACAAUGCCUAUGCAUUGGUUGGCCAACGUCAACCUGGUGUUCUUGGUUUUAUUCAACGAGCAUUGAAUCGAGCUACACAUCAUAUUUGGUUCGAUCGUUUUGAAACAAAUGAUCGUAAUUAUGUAUCACAUAGACUUCGUGAACAUGCGGAAGAUAAAAGCAAAUUGCCCAUAUUGAUCUUUCCUGAGGGCACUUGUAUAAAUAAUUCAGCUGUGAUGAUGUUCAAAAAAGGUAGCUUUGAAAUUAAUGCACCAAUCUAUCCUGUAGCUAUUAAAUAUGAUGCCCGAUUUGGUGAUCCAUUCUGGAAUUCGAGUAAAUAUGGCUAUGCACGAUACAUGCUAAUGAUGAUGACCUCUUGGGCUAUUGUCUGUGAUGUUUGGUUCCUUCCACCAAUGUAUAGAAGAGAAGAUGAAAGUGCAAUCGAAUUUGCCAAUCGUGUAAAAAGUGAAAUAGCUAGAAAAGGUGGAUUAAUCGAUCUGGAAUGGGAUGGACAACUGAAACGUCAACGAGUCAAACCAGAAAUGGUAAAACGACAACAAUAUAAAUUGAGUAAAGCACUUGAAGUACAGGAUAGUAGAUAAGAUUAACGGAUUGGAAUGAUGGCUGAUGUGUUUCGAUAAAUUUUGGCAUAAACUUUGGAUCGUACAAAAUUUACCUGAAUUCAUCAAUCAAGAAAUUUUCACACAUGAAUAUUGGCUGGCAACAAUUGAUUAUUUGGACUAUAUAUAGUGAAAAAAAUGAAUAAUUAUUGAUUUAGUUAUUGCCGAUUGUAUAUCAAAAUACUAUAUAGUGUUUUUGGGUUUACCCUUAUAUUUAGCUAUAAAAUUUCUAAUCAGAUUAAAUUAGGCAAAUAUGCCAUAUCGAUUUAUAUUUAAAAAAAAUUGAUUGAAGCGUUCUGUUGUUGUGAAAUUCAAAUUGAAGAAUAAAAAAAAACACUGCGCAGAAGAUCAAUUAACGUGUAUCGAAAAGAUUUUAUUGAUGAAUAGAAUAUAGAAGAACAAACAAACAAAAACAAGAAUAUAUCAAUGUGCGCAUAACCAACCAUAUAUUAUCAUCAAAACGCAAAUUUAACCAUAAAUCAUAAUUUUUCAUCAAC